AUGCAGACCGACGAUUCUUCUAUUCUGACCCUCGAGUCUAUGGAGAAGCGUCUGUGCGAUCGCUUCACCACGCUGCAGACUCGUCUACUGCAGCAUGUCAUGGCUGAUCAUCCGACCGAGAGAGUUGAAGGAUUCCAAAGUUUUGAUGUCACAGGUGUGGAUUGUUGUGGACCGUUUUUCUACAAAGCAGAGUCUCGGAAUAAGAGCCCUAUUAAAUGUUAUGUGAGCGUAUUCAUCUGCUUCAGUACGAAGGCAAUCCAUUUGGAGUUAGUCAAGGAUCUUUCCACCGCUUCGUUUCUGAGCGCCCUCCAACGGUUUAUGUGUACGCGACAUAAACCCAGACAGAUAUGGUCGGAUAAUGCCACCAAUUUUGUGGAUGCCAAGAAUGAGCUUAUGGAGUUGAAGCGAAGAUUUCUCAGCCACGAUCACCAGGCUUCUCUGCACGAUUUUUGCCUGUCGGAGUCUAUCGAGUGGCGGUUUAUUCCUCCACGCUCUCCCCAUUUUGGCGGUCUGUGGGAAGCAGCAGUAAAGACGACGAAACACCUCCUUUAUCGGGCAGUUAGUCCCGCAGUUCUUGGCUUCGAGGAAUUUAGGACUUUGCUGUGCCGCAUAGCCUCAAUCAUUAAUUCUAGACCCCUUGCGUCGAUUUCAAAAAAUCCUGCGGACCUAGAUGUGCUAGCUCCGGCUCAUUUUCUAAUUGGCGGGCCGCCUUCAACGUUCAUCGAACCGGACCUUACUGCCGUAAACUUCAAUCGUCUGGAUGGGUGGCAGAGAGUCUCCUUCUUGCAGCAUGUUUUCUUGUGA